AUGUCCGAAGACUUUAAUGUUCUUAAUUCACUCAUGAGCUGGAGCUGGGCAAGAGAGUCUCGAGAAGUCCUCGAAAGAUGGCUAGAAUGGCUCGACAGCUGGGCAUUCGCACUUCAUCACGUGGAUCAAGCGAGAAUAGAGCACGCAAGGGUAGCUCGGGGCGAGCUACUCACUCGUAUUGGGUGGUCGGAAGUUCCUCGAACGGAUUACCGUGGAGCCGUUCUGUGGUCGGAAACAGCAUCAACUACGGAUUUUCUGCCGUUGGCUCGUGCGAUUCAGACUCUAAGGUUCAGAGCACUCUGGCUUUACUUGCAUUUUCAGAUCAGGAACAAUGCAGACUCGAUUGAAGAGCAUAUUCUGGACGCCCCUACUCGGACUCUCUCCACAGAAAAGGAGGAAUGGCUGUUUGAACAGCUGAUGAACGAGGGGGCGUUUGGAGGUGUACUUGAGGAAAUGACAGGUGAACAGGAGAAGUGGCAGACUGUGGACCCCAUGUCCGUCAGGAAUGGCUUGGACAUGAGUGAGACGAGAAUUUACAUUUGGAAGAUGAGGGGGUAA